CAUCCUUACACCUUACAACCUUGUCGACUCUCUUGUUUGCGCGUCGUGUUGUCGCGUAUUCUUAUAUGAUAGAACCCUGCCAAAUUCGUGCCGAGGUCAUGGUGCGUCGUGAUUGGAAAAUGCCAAGAUGAGGUUCAGAUCAGAUAUCAAGAACGUACGCACGUUCUCAAAACUGGUGGCUGCUCUCUCCUCCCUCGAGAAGAUCGCCUGGGUCCGCCUUGACGAUGAGACCGUACGCUUCACCGUGAUACCGGACACCGGUUCACAAGUCUGGGCCUCUUUCUCUAUGGACUUCAUCUUUGACAACUACGCCCUACAGUCUGCGGAGCAGAAUAACACCAUUAACCUCGAGCUCCCUCUAGGCCCUCUCCAGCGUGCUUUGAAGUCGGCCCUCAACGGCGUCUCAGCCUCAAUCCGUCUAACCAAGAAAGAAGGAAUCCCCGUCUUAUCCAUGACCAUCACCACAACCACCGCACCGAACAAGGAAGCCCAACCCCAAGGCGUAGCCCGCUUCGGCGCCGUCAACACAAAUGCCGGCGGUCUUCAACACAGCGACGAUGACGACGGGAUAUUUGCCCACGAGGCGCUAGAGACGAAUCUCCACCGCGAGCGCGAGAAGAUCAUCACGCAAGACAUCCCGGUCCGGGUCCUCCACCCCGACACCGUCGAAACCAUCAUGCAGCCCAAGGUCCGCGAGCCCGACGUCCACAUCCAGCUGCCGCCCCUCCUGCAGCUCAAAGCGAUCUCAGACCGCUUCACGAAGCUCGCCCUCGCGUCGCGCGCCUCUACCUCCAUGUCUGCGUCCGCCGCGUCGCCUAAGCUGGAGCUUAGCGCGAACAUGCACGGCGGCUUGCGUCUGCGCCUCAACACCGACACGCUUGAUGUCGAGAGCCGCUGGGCUGGCCUCGAGAAUCCGGAGCUGGACCCCGCGCAGCUGCCGUGUCCGUUGGAAGAGCAUCCUAGCACUAAGUUCCGCGAGGAAGGGCCUGAUAAGUGGACUACGGUGCGUGUUGACGGCAAGGAUUGGAGUAAGGUGUUGAGUGUUGGGCGUCUGGAGGGGCGCGUUAUCGCGUGUUUUGCGGAUGAUCAUGCGUUGAUUAUGUAUGUGUACGUCCCGCAGUACGAUGAUACCGGGGCGGAGGACUCGGUUGUUACGUAUUACGUGUCUUCGUAUAGUCUAUGAGGAUAUAGAGGAGAUUUGAUGGGCGCAUGCCAAUUCGAAUUUUGAUGCUAGUGCCCGGAUAUCCCAGGGCAGGAAUUGAUUCAAUCGGCGAUUACGGAUGAAAUUGUAGAUGGGUACUAGUAUAUAUGGGUUAAAAUGA